GUUACCUUGUAAAACCCCAUGGGCUUCGUGCUGCUGCAGCCAGAGAGGAUGGACUGUGUGGACCUGGGCCGACUCCGGGGAAUUCUCAACCCUGCGGUUCCCAGAGGAUGCGGAGCCACCGCCCCACCCGCUAGGAGCGCACGCCGGAGCCGCAGCCCACGGGACUGGACCGGGAGCGUCAUGGGCAGCGUGGCCCCGCGCUCUGCCUGCGCGCUGCCCCUGCUGCUGCUGUUGCUCCUUCUCCAGGCGGAGGGGCCGUUGGGCGCGGAGCUCACCUUCGAGCUGCCUGACAACGCCAAGCAGUGCUUCCACGAGGACGUGGAGCAGGGCGUGAAGUUCUCCCUGGAUUACCAGGUCAUCACUGGAGGCCACUACGACGUUGACUGCUAUGUGGAGGACCCCCUGGGGAACAUCAUCUACAGGGAAUCCAAGAAGCAGUAUGACAGCUUCAUGCACCAGGCUGCAGUCAAGGGCGUUUAUCAGUUUUGCUUCAGUAAUGAGUUUUCCACCUUCUCUCACAAGACCGUCUACUUUGACUUUCAAGUGGGUGACGAGCCCCCCAUUCUCCCAGACAUGGGGAAGAGAGUCACAGCUCUCACCCAGAUGGAGUCCGCCUGUGUGACCAUCCAUGAGGCUCUGAAGACGGUGAUUGACUCCCAGACACAUUACCGGCUCCGGGAGGCCCAGGACAGGGCCCGGGCCGAAGACCUGAAUAGCCGAGUCUCCUACUGGUCUAUUGGUGAGACAGUCGCCCUGUUCGUGGUCAGCUUUAGCCAGGUGCUGCUGCUGAAAAGCUUCUUCACAGAAAAACGACCCAUCAGCAGGACGAUCCACUCCUAGUGGGGGCGCUCUGCUCCCAAGCCCCUCACACCCCAGGAUGGAGCAGCUCCCUUCGGUCACAGGCUCCUGCGGGCUGGUGGGUGCAACCCAGGGUGGAGGCAGAGCUGCCUGGAGAGGAGCACGGGGGGACGUGCUCUCACCUUGCCUUCUAUUCAGAUGCUUGGUCCUUGUACUCCAGCAGCCAAAGCUCAUAGAGACUGGUAAUCAGAAGGCACCCAGCUGCAUUAUGUGUGUAACACUGAAUGCAGAAAGGGUGCAACCAGGAUAGGGAUUAGCCAUGGGGGGGAGGGGGGGGCGGGGCGCCGGCAGGCAGGCAGUCAUCCAGUGGCCUGGCUCGAAGGAGGGACCCCAAGGGCCCAGGCCUCCAGGGGGCGGCUCAGGGCUGUCUCUUUGCUCCAUGACACGUGGCCCAUUUGGCUUGUGGAGAAGACGGGGCCCUGAGUCUGGCCUUUCCUCCCACGGAGCUCCCUGUACCUGUGGAAACCAGGCCCUGAAGUGGCUUUGCAGAAAUCCCCACCCCAGGUGAGCCAUGGAUGCAGCCAUGCAAACAAGAGCAGCAUGGUAGCUGGGUGCCUUGGUGGGCUGUGCAUCUCCUAGGGGGCGGGACUCUGCCUAAUAAAAACUGUCUGCGAGCACCGUG